UUGAAGGCAACACUUGUAGCGCGGGGGGACAUGCAGAGGGCUUGGAUUGAUUUUGAAGAAUUGUUUGCACCCACCGUACCAGUGUCCAGUGUGCGCUUGUUGGCAGCAUUAGCAUGCGAGCAGAAUCUUGACUUGUGCCAUUUCGAUAUUCAGCAGGCUAUUGCGCAGUCUGAGCUUGAUGAGGAUGUUUUCAUGCGCUUACCGCAGGGGUGUGGUAGGUUAUCUGGCCUGAUCUUGAAGCUGUGCAAGAGUCUGUAUGGCUUGAAGCAAGCAUCACGACAUUGGCAUGCGCACCUGACGAGGUGUUUGUUACUUUUAGGUUUAUUGCAGUGUCUGGCGGAUGCAUGUGUUUUUCGAUUGAUGGAGGAGGGAAAUGUGGUGAUGAUCAUCGUGGUCCACGUGGAUGACAUUUUUGCUGCAGGGCAGAAGGAGAGAUGUGACAAGUUUGGCAGGGAUCUCAACGAGAUGGUCCCCGUGAAGAACCUUGGAGAGUUGAGGUGGUACUCCGCGUGCUUUUACGAGAGAGACGUAGAGAGAGGGCUGUUGAAGAUUUCGCAGCAGAGCGUAAAGCUCUCCGACUUUGACGUGAAUGAAGCGAGUGCUGAUGUUCCUUUUCGCGAGUUGGUAGGAUCUCUGAUGAUGUGGUUGGCCACUCAAACACGGCCGGACAUUGCGAAUGCAGUUCGAGCAGUAGCGCGGUAUUGCGCGUCUCCCAAGAUGGUGCACUGGACGGCAGCACUCGGUAUUUUAGGAUACGUACGCAGGACGAGUUGGAUGGGGAUUACAUUUGAGAGGGGCGUCGUGACAGGUAUGAGCAUGCAGGUGUUUGUGGAUGCCGACAAUGCUGUCUACUGCUCCGUCGUCCCCUANAGGAGGUCGGUGUCUGGGGGGCUAGUGAUGUGUGGGGGUGGGAGUGUGACUUGGUUUUCACGAACGCAGAAGUGCGUUACGCUUUCCACCACGGAAGCAGAGUAUGUGUGGCGUUUUAUGUUGCCAGAUACGAGUAUGCCGUGCAUCCCGGUGUUCGAGGAUAAUCAGGGAGCGAUUCAGAUUGCGCACAACCCGAUCACGAACUCCAUCUCGAAGCACAUCGAUGUACGGCAUCACUUUAUCAGGGAGCUGGUAGAGAUUUCAAUUACUUAUCAUGUGCCGACGCAAUUUCAGCAUGCAGAUUUCUUGACGAAGGCUAUCAGCAAGGAGUCUUUUGCGUUGCACCGUGACUUUGUGAUGAACUUGCAGUGUAGGAAGCGUUUUGGGGUCGAUUCCAUUUCUGUAAGUGAAGAGAAAAAGAGAGGAACGAGAUUGGACAAGAGAAAGAGAGAGUCUNCAGGAAGAGAGUUGUAGUUGUGUUGGAAUUUUUCGUGUUUGUUUCGGAGGAGUUUUGGUUGUGUUGGAAUUUUUCUUGUGAUUGACUUGGGAGGGUUCCUGCAUGUUUUGGGGAGGAUAUUGGAUUGGAUGCUUUGAGAAUUUUCUUGUUUGUUUUGGGAGAGAUGGUAAAAGAGGAAUUUGUUUUUGGCCGAAGCAUGACGAUGCAUAUGAG